AUCCGGGGGCUUCAGGCGGUUCGGUCUUGGGGGAACCUACCGCUCGCGGUUUCGGAUCCCGAGAUCCAUGAAAUUAUGGAGAAGGAGAGGCGUCGCCAAUACAAUGGGAUUGAAUUGAUCGCUUCCGAGAAUUUUAUAUGCAGGGCAGUGAUGGAAACUCUGGGAAGCCACUUGACGAGCAAGUACUCGGAGGGUUUUCCCGGAGCGAGAUAUUACACGGGCAAUCAGCACAUUGAUCAGAUUGAAUUGCUCUGUUGCGAGCGUGCAUUGGCCGCUUUUGGUCUGGAUUCGGAGAAAUGGGGUGUUAAUGUCAGACUCCAGCCUUACUCUUGUACCUCUGCAAAUUUCGCAGUCUACACCGGGCUUUUGCUCCCAAAUGAUCAGUUUAUGGGGUUGGACUCGCCUUCCGGAGGGCACAUGAGUCAUGGGUAUUAUACUCCUAGUGGGAAGAAGGUCUCGGCCUCCUCGAUUUUCUUUGAGAGUCUGCCGUAUAAGGUGAACCCACAAACAGGGUACAUUGAUUACGAUACUUUUGCGAGUUCAUACCCUCGGGAGUGGGACUAUGCCAGAUUUGGGCACAUUGCGGAUAAAUGCAGAGCUGUGUUGAUGUGUGACAUGGCUCAUAUCAGCGGUCUUACGGCAGCUAAGGGAUGUGCAAGUCCUUUUGAUUACUGUGAUAUUGUUACGUCAACAACACACAAAAGUCUUCAGGGUCCUAGGGGAGGUAUUAUUUUUUCUAGGAAAGGCCCAAAAUUAGGGAAGCAAGGCAAACAUCAUACUAAUGGGGAUGGCAAUAACCAUUACGAUUUUGAGGAAAAGAUAAACUUUGCCAUUUUCCCAUCACUACAAGGAGGGCCACACAACAACCAUAUUGCUGCUCUUGCCAUAGCCUUAAAACAAGCAGCUACUCCAGAAUAUAAAGCAUAUAUGCAACAGGUGAAGAAGAAUGCCCAGGCCUUAGCUAAUGCUCUGUUAAGAAGAAAAUGCAGAUUGGUUACUGGGGGCACCGACAAUCACUUGUUGCUUUGGGAUUUGACUGCUCUUGGUUUAACAGCGAGGAAUUACGAAAAGGUCUGUGAGAUGUGCCACAUUAUAUUUGGUGAUAAUGGUGCUUUUUCUCCUGGAGGAGUGAGAAUCGGAACUCCUGCUAUGAGUACACGAGGUUGCGUGGAGUCGGAUUUUGAAACAAUUGCAGACUUUCUUCUCAGGGCUGCUCAGAUCACUGUUUCCAUACAGAGGGAAUAUGGAAAAUUCCAGAAAGAUUUUAUCAAAGAUCUCAAGAACAGCAAAGAUAUUUACGAGCUCAGAAAUCGGGUCGAAACAUUUGCAUCCCAGUUUGAAAUGCCAGGAUAUGAUUGAUACAUUAACUUGUGGCUUACCAUCUUGACUUCUUGGUAAACCUACAAUUCUUAUUUCUUUGCCUCCAAUUGAUCUCUUGUAAAUUAGAGAAAUAUGUUUGCCAAAUUUUCACAACCAGUCACUGCCACAUUGAAAUUCCUGCCCUCACUAUGUCUUGGUUGUUUUGUAUAUUAUCACAGGAAGUAAAAUUAUUAACCUUCUUCUUUUGGUGAAGGUGUAAUUAACUAAAUUUAUUA